AUGUCGUACACCGAUGAUGCCGUGCUUGCGAAGCUCUCGACCCUGGCCGAGACCCAGGACAGCAUAGUCACCGUGGCUCAGUGGAUUAUGUUUCACAGGCGACAUGCGGACCGCACUGUGCAGAUCUGGCUGCAGCGACUCAAGGACUCGACCAGCCACAAGAGACUCAACCUCAUCUAUCUAGCCAACGAGGUUUGCCAGCAAUCAAAAGCCCGCCACAAGGAGGACUUCCUGGUGGCCUUCUCGCCGUGCAUUGCUGAAGCUGCCGCUACUGCAUACAAGGGUGCCCCCCAAGACAUCCAGCACAGAAUCAGAAGGGUCAUCGACGUCUGGAAGGAGAGAAGCGUCUUCGAAGAACCAAUUCAGGCUGCCAUUGAAGCCCGCAUCCAAGACCUUGACAAGGUCCGAGGAAGUGUCAAGCCUGGUUUUGGCGGCGCCAUUUUUGGAGGCUCAUCGUCACUCCCCUCCGAGCUAGCGUCCCUUGCUACACCCCAGCAGAAUGUGACAAAGACUCAGCUAUCAGCCAAGACAUCCAUCAGUACUGCAAAUCAGGACUACGACAAGUUGAUGACACCAGGCGUCGAUGUCCCGUCCGCCCCGGUCUAUGCGGCUAGGUUGAAUGGGCUUCUGAAGACCUUAGCUACGGCCGAAGGUGCCGUUGAACAGUCUGUCAAGGCCCGAAAGGCGCUCGUCGGGGAGCUGCAGAAGAUCCUAGACAUCAACAAGAAGGCUCUGGCUGCGGACGAGGGGCAACUAGCAACCUUCAAGAACCGCAAAGUCGAAGCCGACAACAAGAAGCGGGACGUCGAAUUUUCCAUCAUGCAGGGGUUGUCCGACCAAGAUGCAUCAGGCCCGAAUGGGGCCCCUGACCAUUCAGCCCCUGAGCCAGACAUGCCAGAAGUUGAGGCCCUGACGCCACCGUCCAUGGGAGCCGACGAGCCCCAAGCGGGCGAGGCCGCAGAUGACGAAGCGCAGUGGUCUUCUGAGAUCCCGACGGAUACUACUGCUCAGCAAGCUUCGGGAUCUGAGGUGCCUGCAAACCUGGCAACUCAUUACAACUCCCUGCCGACUACUUUGAAUGGUUCUAAGAGACGGCGGCUUGAUUCUGGCGACGAUUUCCCAGACUUGGGAGGCGACGAUGGAAUCGAUGCCGAUGUGGCCGAAAUGCUCCGCAGAGAUAGUAGCGGAGGAGCUUAA